AUGGAGAACAACGGUCAGCAUACACAACACAGGUGGCUUGUGGAAAAGAACUACCAGCAUGUCCUGGCCUUCUUGCUUGCCAUCGAUGAGAUCAAUGCCAAUCCCCAGCUCUUGCCCAAUAUAACUCUGGGCUACAGCAUCUAUGAAAACUGUUUCAGCUCAAGGAUGACUUAUGAGGCCAUGAUAGACCUGCUCUCUACAGGGCACUGGAUGGUUCCUAACUUCAGGUGUGGAAGGCAGGAAAAUCUAUUGGCAGUUAUUCAAGGAGGGGACUUUGAGGCCUUUUCCCAGAUGGUGACCAUGUUAGGCAUCUACAAACUCCCUCAGCUUCAUCCUUUUCUAAGAGGCAUCCGUUUCAACAGUACAACGAUGGACGAGGUGCAUUUCGACGAGGACAGGGAACUGGUAGCUAACUACGACAUUGUGAACCUGGUCACAUCCUCCAACCAGACGGCCAGGAGAAUGAAAGUGGGGAGGCUGGAGACCCAAGCUUCUUCUGGCUUAGAGCUGACCCUUCAUGCAAAUCACUGUGAUGAAUGUCCUGAAGAUCAGUAUGCAAACAAGGAGCGAGAUCGAUGUCUCCCGAAGGUUACGGUCUUCCUGUCCUACAGAGAACCUCUGGGGAUCACCUUGGCUAUCUUUGCCCUGUUACUAGCUCUAAGCACAGGUUUUGUUUUAGGCAUCUUCAUUAAAUACACCAACACUCCCAUAGUCAAAGCCAACAACCGAGACCUCUCCUACAUCCUUCUCGUCUCCCUCCUGCUUUCCUUUCUGUCGUCCUUCCUAUUCAUUGGCCAGCCCAGGAAGGUGACCUGCCUUCUCCGCCAAACUGUCUUCAGCACCAUCUUUUCAGUGGCCGUGUCUUCUGUGCUAGCCAAAACGCUCACUGUGGUGCUGGCCUUCAGGGCCACAAAGCCAGGGAACAAAACUAGGAAACAGCUGGGGAAGAGUAUGGCAAAUGUCAUUGUCCUUUUCUGUUCCAUUAUUCAAUUUGGUGUCAGCAUCCUUUCGAUGGGAAUUUCUCCUCCCUUCCCAGAACUGGACAUGCAUUCCCAGGAUGGACAGAUCAUUUGGCAAUGCAGCGAAGGGUCUGUUGCCAUAUUUUAUGGUGCCCUUGGCUACAUGGGUUUCCUGGCUGCCAUUUCUUUCACUGUAGCCUUCCUAGCCAGAAAGCUGCCUGGGGCAUUCAAUGAGGCCAAGUUCAUCACUUUCAGCAUGCUGGUAUUUUGCAGCGUUUGGGUCUCCUUCGUUCCUACUUAUCUGAGCUCCAAGGGGAAAAACAUGGUAGCUGUGCAGAUCUUUUCUAUCUUGGCCUCCAGCGCUGGUUUACUGGGUUGCAUUUUUCUCCCUAAAUGCUAUGUCAUAAUACUGAGGCCUGGAAUGAAUACAAAAGAAUGUCUAAUGAAGAAGAAGAGAUUUUAA